AUGGGCACUUUACAGUUUAUUGCAGACGAAAUCGGCGUUAAGACGUUGGUCAAUGGUGGCAUAGAUGUAUACCUUAUCAUUUUCAUGAGAAUGGUGAGGUUGUUGAGCUUCGGUGCCACUUCGUUAAUUUUGGUCAUUUUCUUAAAGGAGCUCGGGAUUGACGAGGCCACCAUCGGCUACUUCAUGACUUUGGCUUUCUUUGGUGACUUGAUCAAAUCUUUCUUGUUCUCUUUGAUUGCUGAUGGCUUGGGUAGAAAGUUCACCUUGAUUUUGAGUUCUACCCUUAUGGCACUUACCUGCUUCGGUAUUGCAUUCUUCGACAACUUCUAUGUUUUGGCGCUUGUGGCAGCUUUGGGUAUCAUCACUCCAGGUGGUGGUGAAGUUGGUCCCUUCAGAUCCAUUGAACAGAGUGCCAUUGCAUCCUUGGUUCCCCAUGACCAAAGAUCAGAUAUUUACGCCUGGUACACCUUCUUGGGUACUUUCUCAUCUGCAUUUGGCUCCUUCGCCUGUGGGUCCUUUGUUGACUUGUUACAAGACCUGUGGCACUACACGCCUUUGGAAGCGUACAAGGGUGCCUUUGUUAGUUUCGGCAUUUUGUCCGUCGUUUGCCUUGCCUCCUGUUUCUUCUUGACUCCAAACAUGGAGGUCACUCACAAGCCUGCUAAUCCAGUGGAGCAGGCUACCGGUGAGGCUGUUGCAAGCUCUGCUGAAAAUCAGGAGAGCCCUGUUGACUCUAGCGAGACCCUGGAGUUGCUCCCAAAGAGAAAGCCUAAGUGGAGACUUUUCCCUGAGUUGAGCAAGGAUAUAGUCUCCAUCGUUCUCAAGUUAUCGUUCCUUUUCGGUCUUGACGCGUUUGCCUCUUCUUUGGUGCAAGGUUCGUGGCUCACCUAUUACAUCAAACACAAGUUCGACGUGAGCUCCACAACACUAGGCACCAUUUUCUUUGUCACUUUUUUCAUCGCUGGCUUUGCAUCUCUCUUGAGUACCUCAUUCACCAAGAGAUUGGGCCCGGUUGUCACGAUGGUGGUCACCCACUUGCCAGCCUCUGCCAUGUUAAUUCUUCUCCCACUCCCAAAAUCCUUGACCAUCACAUUGGCCAUCAUGUUGAUCCGUGCGUCCACCCAGUCAAUGGAUGUUGCGCCCAAGCACGUCUUUUUAGCUACUUUGGUGCCCGCUGACUACAGAACCGCCGUGUUCGGUUGGACAAAUAUUGUCAAGACCAUGGCUCAGAUGUUUGGUCCUUCGAUUGCUGGCUAUAUGACAGGCGAAGGCGUCCAAUGGAUUACUUUCAUCAUGGCUGGUUCGUUGAAAGUUCUUUACGAUGUGGGCAUUUUGGCCACCUUCUUGUCCUUCAACAGACACAAGGCUCACUGA